UGUUCCCGGACCUUUAAGAGGAUCGAGCACUUGCGACGCCACAUGAGAACCCACACGUUGGAGCAACCCUUUGCUUGUGAAUUCCCAACGGAGAAGCUCGAGGACGGAGUGGUCCAGCUGGAAAGAUGCAGCAAACAAUUCCAGCGCAAUGAUAACUGCGUUGCUCAUUUCAAGACACAU